UUCAUCAUCAACUAGCGUUUCAAACAACUGCAAAAGGCUUUUCUAUUCUCAUAGGGCGCUCGUGAUUAAAUAAACAAUCUUCAAUCCAUCAUGGGUAUCACGAGAAGAGCUGGAAAAACGGCUAGACAACAACCUCCUAAAAGGAAUGGAAUCCAAAAGGCAACUUUUGAUGCUGGAAAGAAAAAAGAAGUUGGUGUUUCUGAUUUAACACUAUUAACCAAAAUCUCUGAUGAAUCAAUCAAUGAUAAUUUGAAAAAAAGAUUUGAAAAUGGUACAAUUUAUACUUAUAUUGGUCAUGUUUUGAUUUCUGUUAAUCCCUUUAGAGACUUGGGUAUUUAUACAGAUAAAGUUUUAGAAUCUUAUGAAGGUAAGAAUAGACUAGAAGUUCCACCUCAUGUGUUUGCCAUUGCAGAAUCAAUGUUUUAUAACAUGAAGGCUUAUAAUGAAUCUCAAUGUGUUAUUAUUUCUGGUGAAUCUGGUGCUGGUAAAACCGAAGCUGCUAAAAGAAUUAUGCAAUAUGUCGCUGCAGUAUCCGGUUCGAGCUCUUCAUCUCAACAAAUUCAACAAAUUAAAGAUAUUGUUUUAGCUACAAAUCCUCUAUUAGAAUCAUUCGGUUGUGCUAAAACUUUGCGUAAUAAUAAUAGUUCAAGACAUGGUAAAUAUCUUGAAAUUAAUUUUAAUGCCCAAUUUGAACCUGUUAGUGGUAAUAUCACAAAUUAUUUACUAGAAAAACAAAGAGUUGUGGGUCAAAUUAAAAAUGAAAGAAAUUUCCAUAUUUUUUAUCAAUUUACAAAAGGUGCUUCAGAAAAUUAUAGACAAACUUUUGGUAUUCAAGAACCUGAUCGUUAUAUUUAUACUUCAAGUGCUGGUUGUAUUUCAGUGGAUUCAAUCGAUGAUUUAAAAGAUUUCCAAGAUACUUUGAAUGCUAUGCAAACAGUUGGUAUUACACAACCUGAACAAGAUCAAAUAUUUAGAGUUCUUGCAGCUAUAUUAUGGAUUGGUAAUAUAACAUUUGUGGAAAAUGAAGAAGGUAAUGCACAAGUGCGUGACACUUCUGUUACGGAUUUUGUUGCUUAUUUAUUACAAGUUGAUUCUGAAACUUUAAAUAAAGCUGUUACAGAGCGUGUUAUGGAAACUUCACAUGGUAUGAGAAGAGGUUCUGUUUAUAAUGUCCCAUUAAACAUCACACAGGCUACUGCAGUUAGAGAUGCUUUAGCUAAAGGUUUAUACAAUAAUUUAUUUGAUUGGAUUGUUGCUAGAGUUAAUAAAGCCUUGCAAACCGUUGGUGGUGCUUCAAAAUCUAUUGGUAUCUUGGAUAUUUAUGGAUUUGAAAUUUUUGAACACAAUUCUUUUGAACAAAUUUGUAUCAAUUAUGUUAAUGAGAAAUUACAACAAAUUUUCAUUCAAUUAACUUUAAAAUCUGAACAAGAUGAAUAUGUUAAGGAACAAAUUCAGUGGACACCAAUCAAUUACUUCAAUAACAAAGUUGUGUGUGAUUUGAUUGAACUUAAAAGACCCCCUGGUAUCUUUGCUGCUUUAAAUGAUUCUUGUGCAACUGCUCAUGCUGAUUCUCAAGCUGCUGAUCAAUCAUUUGCUCAAAGAUUGAAUAUGGUUUCAGCAAACAAGCAUUUUGAACUAAGACAAUCCAAAUUUGUGAUUAAACAUUAUGCUGGUGAUGUCACUUAUGAUAUCAAUGGUAUGACUGAUAAAAAUAAAGAUCAAAUGUUGAAAGAUUUAUUAGAUUUACUUGCAACUUCAUCAAAUGAAUUUUUACAAACCUUGUUCCCCGAAACUGUCAAUCAAGAAUCUAAAAGAAGACCACCAACUGCUGGUGAUAAAAUCAUCAAAAGUGCUAAUGAAUUAGUUGACACAUUAUCCAAAUCAUCACCAUCAUAUAUCAGAACAAUCAAGCCUAACCAAAACAGAUCACCAACUGAAUAUGAUGAAAAACAAGUUUUACAUCAAGUUAAAUAUUUGGGUUUACAAGAAAAUGUUAGAAUUAGAAGAGCAGGUUUUGCUUAUCGUCAAACAUUUGAAAAAUUUGCUGAAAGAUUUUAUUUAUUAUCACCACAAUGUUCAUAUGCAGGUGAUUAUAUUUGGCAAGGUGAUUCAAGAUCAGCCGUUUUACAGAUCUUGAAAGAUGCUGCAAUCCCAGCUUCUGAAUAUCAAAUGGGUGUCACUAAAGUUUUCAUUAAAACACCUGAAACAUUGUUUGGUUUAGAAAGUUUAAGAGAUAGAUAUUGGUAUAAUAUGGCUGCCAGAAUUCAAAGAGCCUGGAGACGUUAUCUACAAAGAAGAAUUGAUUGUGCUAUUAGAAUUCAAAGAUUUUGGAGAGAAAGAACUGGCGGUAACCAAUUUGAACAAUUACGUGAUUAUGGUACCAAAUUACUUGGUGCAAGAAAAGAACGUCGCUCAAUGUCAUUAUUAGGUUAUAGAGCAUUCACUGGUGAUUAUUUAUCAGCAAAUGAACGUAAUUCAAGAGGUGCAUUCAUUAAAAACCAAGUUGGUAUUAAGGAUAAAAUAAUAUUUUCUGCAAAUGGUGAAGCGUUACAUUCCAAAUUUGGUAGAUCAUCACAAAGAGUUCCAAGAACUGUUUUCCUUUCAUCAACCACAUUAUAUAUUGUUGCUCAUCAAGUUAUUGAUAGAAAAGUUUCAUACACAAUUGAAAAUGCCAUUCCACUUGGUAAUAUAAAUUAUCUAGGGUUAUCCAAUUUACAAGAUGAUUGGAUUGCAAUUUCAUUGAAAAACACACCUACACCGGAUCCAUUCAUUAAUUUAGCAUUCAAGACUGAAUUAGUUACACAGUUGAAAAAAUUGAACAAUGCAAUUAGAAUUGAAAUAGAUACAACUAUCAAAUAUCAAAAGAAACCUGGUAAAUAUCAUACCGUUAAAACUCAAGUUAGUGGAACUGCACCAAAGAAUGGUGAUUUUUACAAGUCUGGUACAAUUCAAGUCCAACAGGGACAUCCUGCAUCUUCAAAAUCCAAGCCAAAACCAAAGAAACAAUCAUCAGGUGCUACAAACUUGGAUUUCACACCAAGAAAUACUGGAUACACUCAACCAGCACGUACUGUGAGAAAAGUUCCGCCACCUGCACCUGUUCAGCAACAACAACAACAACCAUCAUCAUAUACUGCAAGUGCAGCACCAACAACCUCAAAUAUUCCACAAUCAAAACAAGUUCCACCUCCAAGACCUGCUCAAAGACAACAACCAGCAGCUGUACCACAACCUGUUCAAUCUACACCAGCUGUGAAAUCUACACCAGCUCCACCUCCACCUCCUCCAGCUGCUAAACCAUCUGAUCCAACUUUCAAAGCUGCUUAUGAUUUCGUUGGUACAGGGAGUGCAUCUGAAUUACCAAUUGCGAAAGAUCAAGUUGUUUAUAUUUUGAAAAAAGAAGCAAAUGGUUGGUGGUUAGCUAAAACUUUAGAUGGUUCAAAAGAAGGUUGGGUCCCAGGUUCUUAUGUUGUUGAAUGUGAACCACCAAUGACAAAUGGUUCAAGAGCUCCACCACCACCACCUGCUCAAAAUUCGAGUGCUCAUACUAGUUAUGGCGGUAAUGAUGAUUCUACUCCAGCAACUACUGUUUCAUCAAACAAUACAACAAAUAACAACAUUGGUGGUGGAUUAGCUGCUGCUUUAUUGGCUAAAAAGCAAGAAGAGUCUUCAUUAGCUGGUGGGUUAGCUGCUGCUUUGAAAGAUAGAGCUGGUAAGAUGGGUGCUGAUAGUGAUGAAGAGGAAGAAGACGAUGAUUGGUGA